UGUUUCAGUGUUGUGUCCUGCAGUAUAUUGAGAUAGUAACUUUUAUCCUCUUCACCACUGGUGACUAGUCUAUGCCCUAUGCCAUUAAUAAUGACUCCUUAUGUUACAGAGCUUUGUCAGCAGGUUCAGUAAUAAAUAUAUUAUAUUAGGAAAGUGUUAGGGACUUGGAUGCCACUAAAUUGGUGGUUUAUGGGAUAUUGUAUUGGGAUUAGAAUGUAUGCUAAUAUUGAAGAAGAGGUCUGCCAGCUUAUUUUUAACUAACAGCAAACAUACCUUAAAGGAAGAUGUUGAAAAUUGUUAGAGCUUUUGUAGCUGGGCACCCUGGCAAUUUAUUGUAAGAGCUUGCAACCUAAUCUAAUGUAUAGUAAAAUCUUGGGUUAAUAUGUAGGUCUAACCCGCGGACGAAUUAAUUUUAUGUCUGUUUAUUUUCUUACAUUAUUUUCAUGAGUGAGUUCUGAUAUGGUUAUCAUUUAUUGUGGAAAUUGUACGUUCAUAGAUAAUUAGGCGCCUAGGCGUGCACUAAUUUGUCUUGUGGGCGGUAAUGAGGCCGCGCUCUGCUGGGAGGCUUUCCCACGCCCAGGGCUGCUUGUUUUUCAGGAUGUCUUGUGAAGGUUGUCGCCAAUCUUACUGUUUAUUGUCUUACAUUAUUUUUAUCAGUGAGUUCUGAGAUGAUAAUCAUUUAUUGUGGAACCACCAACACAGUACGUAAAUCACUCCGCCGCCCGGGGUGCUUAGCGCCGAUGCGGCUGUAUCAUCUCACGUCAAGAAAAUUCCUCAAAUUUCACCAUAUCAUAAAAGUAGGAGUGACAGUUGAAACCAAGCAUUGGAAAGUGACCAGAACUGGUGGGUGUUGUUGGUUCUUCAUGAUUAGUUCACGUGGCACUGUACUUAGGGCAGGAGGAAGGCAACUCACACGAGUCCUUGGUGGAUCAAGACCUCUGGAACUGAACAUUGACUUACAUAACAAAGUUAAUUGUGUACGGACCAAAGCAACAGAAUCGUCAGAUUCUGCUCUCUCCUGCGCUCCACCUUCUUUCAUGCCAGAGACCAGGACAAUGUAUCCCACACUAGAAAAGCUAGGACUGCUAAGUGCCACCCACAUACGCAUCCAGGACAUGGCUCGUGCUGAAGAACUUGUGACUACUAUUGUGGGAAGUGGAUUCUCUAAAUUGCAGCUGGUGGUGGACUUUGACUUCACUCUGACAAGAGUUCAUAUGGAAGGACGGCGCUGCCACUGUUCGUGGGGUAUCAUGGACAACAGUGCCCAAAUGCCAGCUUUCUACCGUGAAGAAGCUAACAAAUUACUGGCCAAAUAUUAUCCUAUUGAGAUACAUCCUAAAAUGACAGAGGAAGAGAAGAUCCCAUACAUGAUAGAAUGGUACGAACAAAUUCACAAACUGAUUGUCAAAUGCCAAGUCAGUCAGGAAUCACUGAAAGGCAUGGUCAGUUCUAGUAAUGCCAGGCUAAGAGAUGGGACGGAGGAUCUCUUCAGCAAGCUUCACAGCACAAAUGUUCCAGUGUUAGUGUUCUCUGCAGGAAUGGGAGACAUUCUGGAGCAGGUCCUUAGGCAUUUUAAUGUAUACACAGAUAAUGUCAAAGUUGUCUCCAAUUUCUUCAAGUACAAUGAGGAGGGUGUUAUGGUUGGUUUCAAAGGUGAACUGGUACAUGUGUUCAACAAGAAUGAAAAUGCAAUCCACUCAUCAAAUUACUUUAACAAGCUCAAAGGACGAAACAAUGUGAUUCUUAUGGGAGAUUCCCUUGGUGAUAUCAAAAUGGCUAUGGGUGUACCACAGCCAAGUAAUGUCUUGAGGAUAGGAUUCCUUAAUGACAAGGUGGAAGAGCGUCUGGAGGCAUACAUGAACAACUUUGAUAUAGUUCUUAUUGAUGACCAGACUAUGGAUGUUGCAGGGUCAAUAGUUGGCUUAAUGAAAUAAUAAAUUUGAAAAAAUGAAUAUACGUCCAGUAGUGAGAGUAAUGAAGAAGUGUUGGAUUCUAAACCACUUAGUGCUUUAUUCAGAAAUGUUGUAUUAUAGCUUAGCAUUCUUUGAAAAAACACUGUUGGUGAAAGUACCAUUCAUUGUGAUGCUGUAUCAUCAGUAGAUUUGUACUCUUGUAGCAACAUGGUGACAAAGUUCAAAGUAGAGAUCUUGGAUGGACCAAAGAAGAAAAUCAUCGGUGAACUGAUGUUUAGCAGUGCAUUAACAAUGGGGCAGAAGUUUGAUCAUUUUGAUGAAAAGUAAUGUUGAAUUAGUAUACAGUACAGGUGUUCUACUUAUGAACGAGUUACGUUCCUGAGGUUUGUUUGUAAGUCCAACUUUACUCUUGUAGAUACCAAACAUAUUGUAAAAAUGAAAGAUUAUGGAUAUUUAGUACAGCUAUACCCUUUAAUACAGUCUUAAAACCUGGCUCACUUUCUCCUUCGGUAAUGUUUGUUCUAUAUGGAAUUUUCUUCAAAAUAAUCCCAGGUUUAUCUCAAAUUUUGGGCUCAUUCGUCCACACUAAGAACAGUAGUAUUUUUUCUUAGGAAACUGAAAAAUUCCUUUCCUACUCCCACAGCAUGGCACAACAGUACUACAAAAGGUUUGGAAACACCUACACAUCAGCCUUAUUUUAACAAUGGCCCAAGGCUGAACAUCUCCAUUAUUUCAACUGUUAUUAUACAGUAUACUGAUAAUUUGUUGUUCAAAUUUGUUAAAGUUGAGUUAUAUUUGAGUCUUUUAACUAUAUAGUCUAAUAUUUGAUGGAGAUACAUUUGAUAAUCUAGAUACCACCGGGUAUCUAAGACUCAAAGACACCAUGUAGACGCUGUUAGGUCGUCACUUAAUAUAAAUUUUAUGUAACACUAUUGUUUUAGAAGUUGUUACAGUACAUCUUUUCUAGGAUUUUCUACAUGUUUGAGCUGCAUAAAUUUAUUUGUGCAGUCUUGAAUGAUUUCAUUUGCCCUAGUAAGAAAACAAAUUGGUUAAAAACUAAAAGUGUACUCAUUAAAAGCCUCCAUCUUUUAUAAUUCACUUGGGUUGAUAUGCGAGCAUAGUACAAUACAGUACAUAAUAUGCAGAUUUCCUUACUGUAUAUGCAAAGACUCCAUGAAAAUUUUGCCCUUAUGCACCCUGGUGUGAGCUGGUAUGCUGUAACUUCUAGUGUAAGAAAUAUUAUACGGUAUAUGUCUUUAAUGUUUCAUUACUUGGAGAAGUAUUUAAUUCUUUUAAUACUGUUUCAUUAAAUUAGUUUUUAACGAUUAAAGACACAAAUAUCAAAGACAGUCGAUCAGUUGAUGAAAACGUACUUUCCCUCAUGACAUGAGUCACCUUGAGUCUGAAUAACUGCAGUCCAGGAAGCAGUUGUCCAGACUCAGGGAGAGUUAUUAUUUGUUAAAACGUAUUUUUAAGUGAUGGAAUUAGUGUUGAAGUGAGAAAAGUGGUUUCCUAAGAAUUGUUUACUUUAUCCUUUUUGCCAAUGGACUGCUCUCUACCGGACCUAUGUAUACUGUAGUGUAUCCUCUUUGCCUUUAGUAUAAGAGCAUUAAUUGUGGCUUUAAUGUUUCAUUUCUUAGAGAAGCAUUAAAAUUUUUGUUACAUUAAAAAAAAGUAUGUUUUAAAGUUCAAUAGUAAAAGAAGAUGAUCAGCUGAUGGUGCCUAGACCAUCCAGCAGCAUUUACGAGCCCACUUAUGGUUAAUGACACUAUAUGUUCUAUUGUUCCAUGUAUUCAUUUCUUAGUUAAACAUCAAAUACUUUUAGUACUGAAUGUUUCAUUAAAUAAUUUUUUAAAGGUUUAGUGAAUAAAUUUCAAAUGAAGACAUUAAAACGGUUUCUUAUAACCUCAAUAGAUGGCAGCAUGAGAGGACACGUCUUCUACUAGCACAGGCCACCAGGCCCAGUAUAGUAAUGUGCUGUUACUGUACCUUACUACUUGAGUCAUCUUGAGUUUGAACAAUUGCAGUCUAAGAAGCAGUUGUUAAGACUCUGUGAGUUAUAAUUUGCUAAAAGUUUUGAAAGGUAGAAUUAGUGUUGAACUGAGAAAAAGUGCUGUCUUAAUGUAUGCAUGUUAUUCGAUUCCUCACUGGUUGGCUGUGUACUUUACCUUCACUACUGUAGCAUAUUCUCCGUGCCUUAAUUGUAAGAACAUUAAGCAUCUUUAAUGUUUCAUUUCUUAGAAAGCAUUAACUAAUUUUAAUGUUACAUUAAAUAUGAAUUUUAAUACUACAAACUGCUAACAAAAAAUUGCCAGAUUUGAAGUUUGGAAAGGUUCAGAAAAGGUUCUUGGAAUGCAUCUCAUUUUUUUCCUCCAUAUUACCAAGUAUUAAAUUUAUGUGAAUUAGAAUUAUGUGAGGUUUUGGGAGAACAUAACCCUUGCAUAUAUUAAGACCCAAGUUUACAGUUAAAUAAAUUGUCUUGCUUGUAUGUAAUGAGUACAUUGUUUGUUUUUUGCCUUAAUAAAAAUCAUGAAGAAAUUUGUUCCAAGCCUGAAGAACAUAUUUUUUGUAAACCAAAAUUUUUAUUGUGCUAGAUCCAGUUACUUAAACAUUUGUUGUCUACCUAACUUUAUUGUUCCUUUUUGAUGUAAUGUUAUAUUAAUGUUUACUUGUGGCUCCAGCAAGGGGUGAAGUACCAGCUUCACAUUGGUUUAGUGAUAGAACUUUCCUGGGAUGAAGCAUGUACUGUACUGUAUAAAGUUACAUAGGGAUGUGUGCAAGUCACUCAACUUUACAAAACCGAUCUUUGUAUAAAAUAUUUCACCCUCUAUAUUCAUGUUAACCAUAAGUAGUACAGUGAACAUUGUGGUGCAUGGAGACAUUGUGUUUAAGUUGAUUGUAAAGCUUACUGUAUAAGUAAGCAGAGAAUUAUACAUGAAGAACAUUGCAAGUUUUCAUACAUUUUGUCACAACUCUGUUCCAUAGUGCAAGUACUGUACAAUCAUUUUUCACUUAGAACAAAACCCAGAUAUGUAGCUUAUAUUUUUUAUAGAAGUGAUUCACUGUUAUGUUGGAUUACAUUGCAGAAUAUACAGUUGGCUUUGUAUGAAUACACUCUCAGGAUCUUUCUAGUAUAAAAUAAAAUUACCCCCCAAAAUUGUC